AUUAAGCAAUUUGGUUUAAAAACAAUAGUUAUUGUUUCCCGGAAAGUCUAAUAGUUGGGUUGCAAAAUGCAAAGCCUGUCAGAGGGGUGUAUCGACUUUCCUUGUCUUGUGUUAUUGAGGAUAGUGGUGGCUACUUCUUCUUUCACUUUGUUGGUUGCAGAACCUUGACAGUUGAUAGACCUGUAAAAGGCAUGGGGAUUUCCAAAUACAUUGGUUCGACCUCUCCACUCCUUCCCAUGAAGCAGUUCAUCAGUGUUUGGGUUCGUGAUCCACGGAUUCAGAAGAAUGAUUUCUGGCAUGCCCACAUGGACUACGAAAUCUGCAUCCACACCAACAGUCUCUGUUUCACCAAGAAGAUGUCACGUGUGAGAAGAAGAUACAGGGAGUUUGUUUGGCUUCGGGAAAAACUACAGGAAAACUCAUUACUCAUGGUCCAGCUACCUGAACUCCCCCCUAAGAACAUCUUCUUUAGCCUGAACAACGCCCAGCAAAUCACAGAGAGAAUGAAGGGCUUGCAAAAGUUCCUUGAACUGAUCCUGGAGAGUAAUUUGUUCCUGUCGGACAGCUGCCUGCACCUCUUCCUACAGUCGGAGCUUGACGUGUCCGGGAUCGAGGCCUGCGUCUUAGGGAGAACCUGCUACUCUGUGUCUCAGGCCAUACUGCGCUGUGGCCGCAACCUGCGGCGCUUCCACUCCCAGGAGGACCUGUCAGGGCUAAGACGCACGGAGGAGUCCUUUGAGUCAGACUCUGACUGUGCUUUUGUAGAACCGGAGCCUCAGCAGUAAAGAAGUAACUACAUCAGAGGACGUGGGAGAAGGUCCACUCAGAAUGUCUGCUUCUCACUAGUAACAUCUGUCAUUCAACUGUUUUGCUAGUAUCAACAAAAUUUUAAGAGUAAAUAUGUUUAAAAAAUAUGUACUUAUUUGUAAUAUUUGAUAAAAAUCAAUGUAAUGUAAAUAUUUGUCCCUGAAAAUAUAUAUCUUUAUGUAUAUAUAUUCACUGUAAAUAAAGUCAUAUUUCUUCU